CCUAUAAAACCACCCCCUUUUCCACCCUUUUCUUUCACAAUUCAACGCCGAAAAAGAACCCAGUCUUCUGAUCUCUGCCCCAAAGCAAAAAGUUCUCAUCUUUUACAAUCACAACUACUGGUUUUUUAUUUUCAUGGCUCAAGGAGAUUCUAACUUCCAGCAAGACAUGGCUAAAGAGGAAGAAGAACAGAGGCUGAAAUACUUGGAGUUCGUGCAAGUAGCCGCCGUUCACGCCGCUUUGUGCUUCACCAACCUUUACCUUUACGCUAAGGAAAGAUUGGGGCCGUUGAAACCUAGCGUCGAGACCGUUGAGGGAACGGUUAAGAGUGUGGUUGGACCGGUUUAUGAUAAAUACCAUGAUGUCCCUGUUGAAUUCCUUAAAUUCGUUGAUUCCAAGGUGGGUGAAUCAGUGACCAAGCUUGAUCGUCAAGUCCCUCCAGUCAUCAAACAGGUCUCAACCGAAGCCAUCUUGGCAGCCCAAAAGGCUCCCGAGGUUGCUCGUGGCGUGGCUUCCGAAGUCCACCGUGCUGGAGUGGUGAACACCGCCUCAGGAUUAGCAAAAUCAGUGUACACCAAGUAUGAACCCACAGCAAAAGAGCUUUAUGCGAAGUAUGAACCCAAAGCUGAACAAUGUGCGGUUUCAGCUUGGCGUAAACUCAACAUGCUCCCGCUCUUCCCUCAAGUUGCCUCGGUCGUUGUCCCAACAGCUGCUUAUUGCAGCGACAAGUAUAACGAGACAGUGGUUAGCAGUGCAGAGAAAGGGUACAAGGUUGCCUCCUAUUUGCCUUUGGUUCCUACAGAGAAGAUCGCUAAGGUGUUUGGUGAGCAGACGACUGAAAUGCAGCCGUUGGUUUCUGAGAGUUGAUCUGCUUUGAAUCCUGUUUAUGUGGGCUAUGACUUGUGAAUAUAAUAAUCUUGACCUGUUUUAUGUUUUUACUUGUGACUGUCUCUUGUGAUGGAUGGAACAAUGGGUUUUAGUUUUCAUGUUUGUUUUUAUUGUAUUUUAUUUUUAUUGAAAUAAAUUUGUUUUUGAUGGGAA